AUGAUCACGCGAGCAAGAAGUCGUCCGCGUCUUCGCGGACAGAUUGCUGCUCCAAUACCCGAACCCCCGACGCGCACGCACACGCUUCGUCUCUCUUCCCUUCGGCCCUCGGCACGGGCACGGACAGGACACAGCCGUUGCAGGACUUUAGCCACACCCGGUCACACGAAGUGGUCACUUGAGAAGAGUGUGGUCCCUUCGACGGUUUCCAGAAACGAGCGCGGAGAAGGUUGCCGGCCUCCAGGGGCGGAAGCAGAACAAGCGAUGCGAAGCAGGGGCCAGACUAACCAGCGUGCCUGCCAGCAGGAGGCAAAAGACGUUGCGCGGAGGAGGAGAAGGAGAGCACUCCCGACGGGAGGCGAGAAACGAACGGCUCUGGAAGCUAGAGAUCAACGGCGAUUCCGACCCGACGUCGCCGCCGGUAGGAGCGACACCGCCAGCGCCACGGCGAGGCGGCGGUCUGCCCCCGCGAUCGCCCGCCACUCCCUCAGAAAUGCCUUCCUGGUUCUCUUCGCCGCCAUGCUCGCGACGCCGCGGAUCAAUAACCCGUCGAGCUCGACCGCGCGCUUGAGGGGGGGGCGGGGCUCCGCGGUGCUGGCGAGGGGUGUACCCCUCGGGAUGGGGGUGAUGGCGGCGCCUUGCGCGGUGGCGGGCGGGCUGGGGGCGGAGGAGGUGACGGUUACGCCGGAAAGCGACGGGGGGGAGCUCUUGAGCCUCUUCGACUGCGAGGGCGGGGAGUUCAACGUGUCCUGGCUGGGCGAGGCCGGAGAUGUGCCGUUGCCGGGGGACGAGGACGUCGACGGGGCCGGCGGUGCGAUCGGGACGGAGUUCACGGACGUGCUUGUCGACGGCUGCCUGUUCGAGAAGUGUUUCGCCAGCAAGAAGGGGGGCGGCAUGCACCAGUGGAUGGGGCAGAUAUCGGUGCUGGAUUCGGUCUUCUACAACAACACGGCUGGGAGCGCCAACAGGGAAGACGAUGACGAGAUCGGGGAGGGCGGCGCCAUCUCCUUCACCACGUGCAACACUUCUUUCGACGGCUUGGCGGCCUGUGGGGCCAACGACACCGUGUUCUUCAAGAACGACGUAGGCCGCAAGGGGGGCGCCAUUGUCAUCGGCAGCGAUGGGGAUUCUACCUAUAUCGAGCUCCACCGUUGCACGGUGGAGAAGAGCGAGACCGGCCGGGAGAUAGAGGACGAUCCGCAGGGGGACGGUGGUGCCGUGGCGGUAGCCUGGGGUAUCACCCUGCUGGUGGCGGACAGCCUGCUUACGGACAACUACUGCGGCAAGAAGGGAGGGGUGGUGACACUGUCGUCCGGAGAAGGCUUUCCGGGUGAUGAUGUUGACGAGCCUGGACCUGUUGUCAUCCUCAGGAACUCCACCUUCACUGAUAACUCGUAAGUGUGGAAAUACUGGUAGAUACACUAGGUUCAUUGUGUGUGACCUCGGACCCCCCUAUAAUAGUAUUCUGCGGUUUUCGCAUGUAUAUCACGGUGCCCCCCCCCACCCCCCCCACACAUGAUUCUGCGAUGUUUUCAUGAAUAUUAUCCUACAAACACACAGCAACAACCAAACUGAAACAUAUUUCAUCCGAGGCUCGGCUUCAUGAAAACAAAAGGAAUUGGAGAAAGAAUUUGCGCAUGUUCUUGGUGACAAGCUUCCAGCGGUAGUGCGUCGGGCUGGACCGCUUUGGAAAGCUUACCGCAUGUGCUCGCUGAGAAGCAAGACAGCCUGCUGUAUGUGACAGGUGGAACACUGCUGAGUGCUCUUACGCAACUCGGUGACUCUCGGAACGAUGAGAUACAAGAUGUCGUUGUUACUGGCUGACUCCAAGGCCAGGUCUUGAUGGUAGAAGAUGAGAGCGAGAGCGAGAGGCGCGCGGGCCAGCUGUCCAUCACUAACACAAUAUAAACAAUAUCUACUGUUGGGGACCCCAAACAAUCAACCGUUCGCUGACAGUCCCGUGCGGGAACGUGUCACAUAGCAUGUGGUCUGUGCCCUACUAUAUCUGCACGUCUGCUUGCUACUGCUGGCUGCGGAUAACGGUAUUACAGCAUACUGCAGACCUAGCGUGCACAAAGAAUCUUUCUGUCGUAGCUCGGCUACGACUACUUUUUUUUUGUCGAUGUUGCCUGCAGCGAACACGGAAGGAAGGGAUAUAACUUGGCUACUGUCUACAUGGACACGUGAAUAUCCCUGACACGAGCCCUCGAUGGAGGUAACCUAGACCAUAAAUUAGCUAUUCAGAAUCGAAUGCUACUCGCUCUACCGAUACUUGGUGCUACGAAGUAAUGUAUUCAUACCGAAAACGACUUCCCAACUAGUCAUUCCUAAUUCGCUCUCUGGAACGCUGUCCCCACUUUGACAUGUGGAAUCAAAUGACGUUUGACAACAAAGGUUCAUUACUCCAUAUUGAUGAUCACUCAACAAAAAAAUCCGCUCUUGCUUCGCUACGAUGGGUGAUCAAUCCUUCUCAGCCAACUUCCGUGCAGCUUUGACAAAUAUCAUGAAGCAUUCGUUUAUGAAGAACCACUUGGGCUCACAGCUUCUUGGAAACUGACUAAAAUACGAACAGCAUAAUACCGUUCUUAUUCACUCACGUGAUUACUUUUAGUUGAUGCAUGUCAUGUAUGCUUCCUAUAUACAAACUUGAAAGUCUCCGAAGCCUCUCACUCGCGUAUUUUCGAUCAUAUAAAUAUUAAUAUUCAUGGCGUUCAGCACGGCAACGUUCCCACUUCUCAUUGCGUUCGGCAGGGCGAUCUUCCCUUAGAUGUUGGUUCGAACCCACAUUCGAAGCUUUCCGCCGUCCCCAGAUUGAUUGUGACGAUCCUCCGGUGCCAGGACGCAAUCCGAAGCGAUGUUCUAUUGCGGUCCAAACCCCACGAUAUUUCCCCCAACGAUUGAUCCGGGCUUCCUGUCGAAGCGACCCGGGGAUUUCACGGCGUCCAAGCGACAGUGCCGCCGGCAUCCCGGGAUUCGUCUUUCCGGCGACCCCCAGCGGUUAAUCUCUGUUGCGGUCCAAACCCGGAGACGUUUCCUCCGAUGGUUGAUUCCGUCUUCCUCUCGACAAGCGACAGCGUCGUAGGCAUCCCGGAAUGUGUCUUUCUGUUCCCACGACCCCCAGCAGUUUUUCGUAGUACUGUAUGCGGUCGAAAGUCGGAGACAUCUCCCCGAUGGUUGAUUCCGACUUCCUGUCGAAGCGACCGGGUUACUUCACGGUGUCCAAGCGACAGCGCUGUAGGCGUUCCAGAAACAAAAUUCUAGCAACCCCCAGCGGUUUCUUGUUUAGAUUGUAGAUGCGGUCCAAUCUCGAAGAUGAUCCCCCGACAAUCGAUUCCGGCAUCCUGUCGAAGCGACCCGAAGUUCCGGCGUCCGGCGUCCGAGCGACAGCGCUGUUGUAGUAGUCCCAGGAGCUAUUUUCCCGGCAACCCCCAGCGGUUUUUAUGUUUAGACAGAUGUGGUCCAAUCGCGAAGGUGAUACCCCGACGAUCGAUUCCGGCUUCCUGUCGAAG